GCUCUCAAGAAUGUCGGCUGGGGAGGUGGCCUUUGUGACGGGCUUGCAAACAGCUGGACCUGGACUAUCAGGGAGCAAGCCCAAGCCGUUGCAGAGACGUCCAGUGGAGGCUGCGGAUACAUCGAGCCUUGCGCGUUGCAGUGGUGCUGUGGUUGGAGGUGCGUUCCUGGCGUGCAGCAAGCGCAGGCGGCAUCGAGCCCCUCGCCAGGCUUUUGGAAAGUUUUUAGGGAAUAUGUUUCCAUGGCUGGACGAGAAAAAGGAGGACCGCCAGGACACAUCUUCCCCUUCCCGUGGUUCAUCCCCCCCUACUCGCUCCUCGGAAGAAGUCAUGGAGUUGAAGGACCUGGGCUCGAGUGCUUUUGACAAGGCCCUUCAAGUGAAUUUGGAUAAUACGAUCUAUGGGAGCUUUGCAGAAAUCGGUGCUGGCCAGGAGGUCUCAAGAACUUUCCUCACAGCUGGUGCAGCAGCUGGCACUGUAGCGCGUUCUUUGUCCGCGUACGACAUGCAGAUUUCAGACGUGACCUACGGCAAAGCGAAGCGCUACGUGACACAGGAGCGCCUGGACCAAAUGUUGAAGACAGAGUAUGACACUUUAGAGGCCAGCAUCCGCGAAGAGAAGGGCAAGGAGACCCGCUUUUUCGCUUUUGCAACAACCUUGGCAGCUAAGGCUUACAUGUCGAACCGCGAGUGUGAAGGAUGGGUUGGAAUGACUUUUCAGCACGAGGCUGGAGCCGCUCCAAGUUCUGUGCAGCUCCACGUCCGGAUGUGCGACGAGACCGCGCAGCUUCAGGGAGAAGCGAUUGGUCGCUUAGGCACCAACCUGAUCUACCUGUGCAACUUUGCGAAGGACCCAGUCGUGAUAACUUCCUUCCUCCUGGAUGCCAUUGAGGAGGGCCGACUCGAAGUUGACUUCGUGCAAUUUGACGGUCCUGGCUUUCCGGAGGAGACCGUUGAUUAUCGCUUGCUGGCCAUGAAGAUGGUGGAGUUCAAGGUGGCUCCAUCUGUUCUUCUUGUCUACGAUGAGAAGAGCCAAUUGUACAUACAGGCAGUUCCCAACAAUGCAUUCUACAAGCGCCCAGUGGUGGUGCAAAGGUCUCGCUUUAAGCCAGUAACAUUUGCACAUCAGGAGGUUCUUCAGGCUGCUGCCAAGAAGCUCAAGAGCGAGCUGAGUUCAGACUCUCGAGAAGUUAUGCAGAUUUUGGACUUCCAGAUCGACGAUAUUGUCCGCCCGGCCAACCUCCUUGGCACUGAAGGGCGCCUGAGAAGAACCAAAGCUGCGGUCCAGGCAGACAUUGAUGGAGAUGGUCUUCUUUCUGUGGAUGCAUUGGCGAAUGUCUUCGGCGCACAGCUGGAGGCAGACGAUGCCAAGCAGUUGGCCAAGGAUCUGGACGUCAAUGGGAUAGGAAAGGUCACCGUCGAUCAAGUUCUUGGCUGGACGCCGCAGUGUGUCAACAACGUAGAGUUUUUGGACCGGUUCAGGAUGCUUGAGUCUCUGAAACUGCCGGUGCUGGUGUCUGGUGUUGGGUCAGAUUCCGAACUGUCAUCGUACUUGGCCAGAUAUACCACGCAGCCCAUUGUGCUCGCUGUCGGAGGCGGCAACUAUGACAUUGCGCGGGGUAUCUUCAACGAGAACCUCUACCGCGAGUACAACGGAGGAAUGCUGGAGGCCUUCGGCAAGUUGUUUGCGGGCAACGUUCGCAUCUUCCAGUACCCCAACAUUGGUGCAGAUGGUGCUGUGUCCAGCGAGGUGGAAAUUUCUGGUUCCAAAGCUGACCUGCAUCGCUACCUCGUCGGCGAGAAGAAGAUCGCAGCGAUAGAACCUGGCUUCGUGGACUCAUUUGCACUGUCUCAAGAUAGCAACGAAUCAUUCCGAGGGCAGUCCGAGGAUGUUGUGAGUCUGAUGAAGGAAGGGAGCAGCGAGUGGGAAAAAUAUGUGCCCGAUGAGGCCGCGGGGAUAAUCAAGAAGUCGAGCUGGUUCCAGAGGUAUGCAGAUGGAGGAGCCAGCUCUCAGGAGGUGAUCUACAAGGUCUUUGAAGUGCUGGACAAAGUUGGCGAAUGA